GUCUUUACAUAGUAUACUUAGUCAAUGAGAAUGGAGAGUGGAAAAGUCUUUUAUGUUGGCCCUCACUUGAGUCCUGUUUCCUUUUUCCAAAGUCUUUGUAACAAAAUUCCAAGUUCACAUAUAGAAAAAUAAACCAAAUAACAAGGUUAAAUUCCAAUUUUCUUGCUGUGUGAGACCAUAUAGAGUACACAAUAUGGCUUCUACUUUCUUGUUUUUCUGUUGUUUAAUGAUCUUUAGCCUACAUCAAGUACUAGGUAAUUCCAAAUCCAACUGCACUGAUGAAUUCGAGUGUGGAGACCUUGGAGCUAUGAAGUUUCCUUUCACAAAUUCCAGCAACCCUGAGUGUGGAUUAUGCAGGUUUGAUUGUCAUACUAAACCAUAUCCUAAGAUUGUAAUUGGUGGACAAAAAUAUGAUGCUAUAGUGAAGAAGGGUGAUUUUUUCCUUAUUUCAGAUCCUAAACUUCAAGAGUACUUAGAUAGCAGAAGUUGCAAGUCUUUUUACAGAAACUUCUCAUUUCCAAAUUCCCCUUUGAUCUCUUUCCAAAUUGUUCCUAACUUAACCUUGUACAGAUGCAAACAUAGUCAUGACAACACCAUCCAGAAGACUAAUGAUUCCUUUUUCAAAGAUUUUGAUAGAUAUACUGAGUGUGGAAGUUUUAAUGUUUACUAUCACCAUCCCAAUAAAACAAUAUUGGGAAAUACUAGUGCUAAGAUUAGUGGCAAACUUCCAAAGCACUGUUCACUUGUACAAUUGCCAAUUCCAUUGCCUACACCAUCAAAACCAUAUGCAAGUGACUUGUUUGAACUGUUGACUUCUAGUGCACUUCUAAACUGGGAGUUAUCCAAAGAUUGUCAUCUGUGUCAUGACAAAGGAGGGAAAUGCCAGAUAAUCGAUGAACACGAGUUUCAUUGUUCCAUGAAAGGACAAAAUGGACAAAGUAAUUCGAGAAUGAUAAUUAUGGCCUCAGUUUUAGGUGGAGUUGGUUUGAUCCUGCUAUCUUCCAUUGUCGCCUUUUCUAUCUGGUGUCGCAAGAGAGGGAAGAAUGAUUCGACACAAUUUCAUGGGGAUCUUGAGGUAGAGAGCAAAUAUUUUGGAUUUCAGGUUCCAGUUUUCACCUAUGCUGAACUUAAGGAAGCCACCAACAAUUUUGAUCCCUUGAAUGAACUAGGAGAUGGAGGUUUCGGAACUGUAUAUUAUGGAAAACUAUAUGAUGGAAGAGAAGUUGCAGUAAAAUGCCUCUAUGAGCACAACUGCAAGAGAAUGCAGCAGUUCACAACCGAAAUCGAGAUUCUUACUCGUUUGAGGCACCAAAAUCUUGUGUCCCUUUAUGGCUGCACAUCAAGACGCAGCCGUGAACUUCUCCUUGUUUAUGAAUACAUUCCACAUGGAACAGUUGCUGAUCAUCUCCAAGGUGAAAGAGCAGCAGAGGGAUCUCUCACAUGGCCCAUCCGUAUGAACAUUGCAGUUGAAACAGCCAGUGCAUUGGCUUACCUCCAUGCUUCUGAUGUGAUACAUCGCGAUGUCAAGACUAACAACAUCCUUCUCGACAACAACUUUCGUGUCAAAGUAGCAGAUUUUGGACUCUCGAGACUUUUCCCCAACAACGUUUCUCACAUAUCAACAGCUCCUCAAGGAACGCUUGGGUACGUUGAUCCUGAGUAUCACGAAUGUUAUCAGCUUACUGACAAAAGUGACGUUUACAGUUUUGGGGUUGUCCUUAUCGAGCUUGUAUCAUCAAUGCCAGCUGUUGACUUAAAAAGGCACAAGAACGAGAUCAAUUUGGCUAACUUGGCGAUAAACAGGAUACAAAGAUGUGCAUUUGAUGAACUGAUUGAUCCAUCACUCGGGCUAAACUCAGAUACGCUUGCUAAGAAAAUGACUAUCUCUGUCGCGGAGCUAGCUUUUCGAUGCUUGCAACUUGAUAAGGAUAUCAGGCCAACAAUGGAUGAAGUAUUGGACAUUUUAAGAAAGAUUCAAGGUGGAGAGUUUCAUCAAAAUGAGAAGACAUUUGACACUAGUGCUAGUUUUAAUUUAUCAAAGUCUAAGAGUGUUAAUAUCCCUCCAUUUUCCCCUGAAUCUGAUCAAGUUGCACUGUUAAAGAAAGUUAAGUUCCUAAGUUCAUCAGAUACUAAUAGUGAGGUAUGGAUUAGUGGCUCUACCACAACAAGCACUAGUGAGUGAGUGACUAUCUAUGUUGCUCGGACACUCAAAAAAUGUUGCCGCACUCAUGUCAGAUCCUUGAAAAAUGCGUAGCUUUUAGAGGAUCUGGCACACACCUGACGAUAUUUUUGAAGAAUUCGAGCACCAUAGGUGAAUAUCUUAGCUAAUGUAGUUUUAGACUUCAGAAUCUACUAACUCUUAGCUAAAGCAUUUGAGCUUAUAUGAAUGUACAUAUAAUAAAUUAUGUUCUUGAUGUUAUACUUCUUUUGCUUUUUCAAUUGUCAAUGUUCAUGAAAUUACCUUCUUUUUCUGA